GGAAAAACUCUGCUGGCUGUUAUGAUUCUUCUUAACAUAGAAGAAUUUGAUAUAAUUCUAGGCAUGAACUGGUUGUCAGCCUAUAGAGCUUUAAUUGACUGUUUAGAGAAGGUGGUAACACUUAGGGUUCCUAAUGAACCUGGCAUACAAUUAAAAGGAGAGGAAACCAGAGCAAAACCAGUAAUAGUUUCUUGCAUGAAAGCAGAGACAAUGAUGCAGCAACAAGGCUGCAUUGGUUACCUGGCUUAUAUCUUUGAGAAUAGGAGUAAGCCAGUAUCUGUGGAGGGUAUUAGGGGUGCUAAGGUAUUUCCAAAGAUAGAUUUGAGGUCAGGAUAUCAUCAGUUCAGAAUAAAGGAGGCAGAUGUUAUGAAGACAGCUUUUAGAACUAGAUAUGGUCAUUAUGAGUUCCUAGUUAUGCCCUUUGGGCUAACUAAUGCUUCAACAGCAUUAAUGGAUCUAAUGCAUAGGGUGCUACAACCAUAUCUAGAUAAGUUUGUUAUAGUUUUCAUGGAUGAUAUAUUGGUGUACUCACUUGAUGAGGAGAGUCAUGCAAAACACUUGGCACUUGUACUACAAAUGUGUAGAGAAAAAGAACUAUAUGCCAAAUUAGACAAAUGUGAAUUUUGGUUGAAACAAGUUAGUUUUCUGGGGCAUGUAGUUGAAGCUGUCGUAAACUGGGAAAGACCAACAACUGUCACUGAGGUUAGAAGUUUUCUUGGUCUAGUUGGUUACCAUAGGAGGUUUGUGAAAAAUUAUUCAAAAAUUCCUGAACCUUUAACACAGCUAACUAAGAAAGAUCAUAAAUUUAUGUGGAGUGAUCACUGUGAGGCUAGCUUCCAGGAGCUUAAGGAAAGGCUGGUGUCAGCACCCAUUUUAGCUUUGCCAAGCAGGGAAGGAAAGUUCUCUGUUUAUACAGAUGCUUCUCAUAAAGGAUUGAGAUGCGUAUUAAUGCAGCAAGACAAGGUGAUUGCCUAUGGAAGUAGGCAAUGAAAAAAUCAUGAAAAGGACUAUCCAGUUCAUGAUUUAGAAUUGGUAGCCAUAAUGUUUGCACUUAAACUUUGGAGGCAUUAUCUUUAUGGGAAGAAUUUGAAAUCUUCA